AUGGCUGCUCCGCCUCAAUAUCUGGAUCAAUACGAGAAUCCAUACUUCCUGCACAGCUUCGAUCAUGCCGGAUUGAUUCUCGUCUCCGAUCGUCUUCAAUCUGGUGCUGACUUCCACUCAUGGCGUCGCUCUGUUCGGAUGGCGUUGAAUGUUCGGAAUAAACUGGGUUUCAUCGAUGGAAUGAUUCCGAAACCUCAUGCAGAUCAUCGCGAUGCCGGCUCUUGGUCACGCUGUAACGACAUGGUCGCCACAUGGGUUAUGAAUUCGGUUAGUAAGAAAAUCGCUCAGAGCUUGUUGUUUAUGAGUACUGCUGAAUCGAUUUGGAAGAAUAUCCUAGCUAGAUUCAAGCAAGAUGAUGCUCCUCGUGUUUUUGAGAUUGAACAACGUUUAGGAUGCUUGCAACAAGGCUCUAUGGAUGUUAGUAGCUUCUAUACCGAAUUGAUGACUCUUUGGGAAGAGUACAAGAAUUAUAUGAGUUUCCUGUGUGCACUUGUGGUCGCUGUGAAUGUAAUGCGGCUGCUUUAUGGGAAUCGUUGCAACAACGGAGCAGAGUUAUGA